GUAAUAAUAAUCAAGAACCUACAUGGGGAAAUUUUUUGCGACAGUUUUUAGAUGAAAAUAACCUUUCAACAAAUGAUAUUCCAUCACAUAUACAAGAAUUUGCACAAACAACAAUUGCAAAUCUUCAAAUAUGCUUUCCUGAUUAUGAAAUUACAAAUGCAUUUUGCAUUUUUGAUCCACACAAUUUACCAACUACAUUAUUAAAUGAAUAUGGAAAUAAAGAAAUUACAACUAUUGCUAAUUAUUAUGAUAUAAGUAAAUCCGUUCAAG